CGCAAAAAUGUACUUAAUAAUUACAACAUAUUCACAUUAUAUUACUCAAUUGUCACUCUUUUGUGUAAAUAAAGCUUAAUGGAUUACGCAUAGGUGUUUUCGCUCGCAAAUUUUUCCAAGUGUGACAGUUACAUAACCUGCGAUGUUGCGUCGGAGUUUGGUCAUUUUGCGCCAAUUUUCAACUUCUGGGCCAAAAUCGGGGCCUGCGGGCCGCUUCCAGUACACGAUUAGGGCAGCUUUCGGCAAGUACCUGCUAGUGACAAACACUGUGAGCUCGGGGGUGCUCAUGCUUCUGGGGGACAUCGUGGAGCAAGAGUUCCACCACGAUUUCAAGGCCCGCGAGGACGAGCCCCGUUAUGAUUACGGCCGUUUAGGCAGAAUGUUUCUGGUGGGGUUGGGGAUGGGACCCGUCCACCACUACUAUUACGGGUUGAUCAACAAAUUGUGGCCUUUGCGCGACAUGGUGACGGUUAGCAAAAAAAUUCUAGCCGACCAAAUUGUCAUGUCCCCGAUUUGUAUAGCCCAGUUUUUCUACACACUAGGGCUAUUAGAACAGAAACCUGUAAAGCGGAUAAGUGAGGAGUUUUUAGGCAAAUUUGGGGCUGUUUAUACGAUGGAUUGGUGUGUGUGGCCACCGACGCAGUUUAUCAAUUUUUAUUUAAUCCCCUGUAGAUACCAAGUUAUUUAUAUUAAUUUCGUCACAAUGCUUUACAACGUAUUUUUGUCGUAUAUUAAGCACGAGUAUUGACCAAUCUAAUUAGGACCAAACGUACUUACUGCCAAAUAAAGAAUGAUAAAUUAUGCAACCAGG